UGACGAUAUGCUAUAAAGUAUAGAGCCUAUGUAACUUAUCCUUCCAGACCACCACAUAUCAAUCCUCGACGAGUCACAAACCAUACGCACCAUCCAAUGAAUGCAUCCUUGUUGCAGUUUGGGGCUCCUUGCCGACUAUGCCAUAGAUGCCUCAGCCGCCGAGGCGACAAGCUGCUUGCCCAAGCACGUAAAGCUAAAAAGGACCGCAAAGAGCAUAAACAACAGCAAUUGGACGCUGCAGAGGCUAGUGCAAUGCGCUUCGUACUAGAUGCCGAGGAUCAAACCCUGCCUCAAGCGCCGCCCCCUGGCAGCCGUCCCUCUCGAAGACCAGACAUAUCCCCGGGUGAGAUCUACCCUGUCUUCCCACCAAAGCCCGGGUCCGAGCCUGCCAGUGCUCCCUGGCGUUGGGACGAUGACGACGACAGUGACGCCAGCAGCUCAGACGCGGCGGCCAGCAGCAGCGGCGCCGCCCCCUCCGACGUGCCUCGCUGGAACCCGCGCACCGGCUUCAUGCGCACCGCCGCGGAGGUGCAGGCGGAGCAGCAGGAGGCACCAGCAGCAGCGCAUGGGACGGAGGAAGGGACGCCAGCAGCAGCAGCAGGACCCGCGGCAAGGACAGCGCCAGCCAUAGCUGCUUCAGCGUCUUCAUCCCGCGACCAGACAGCGCAACAGAGAUUAAGGGGGCGAGCGGAUCCACCCUCCUCCUCUUCCCGAGCCGCCUCAAACUUGCAGACCCCACCCCUCAACACCUCAGCGUCGCCAGCUGCUCCCACCGCCUCCCCUCCUCCGCUGCCGCCGGUAUCACGCACAGCAGUGCUGACUAGCGCGGUGGGCACGGGGGUGUGGAUGGCGGCGCUGGCGCUGUUCGUGCGCAACUACGCGGCCCUCAACGCGGCCGCCACCAUGGGCACCGACCCGCAAGCGGUGGCGGCGCUGCUGGCCUGGCCGGAGGAGGGCUUCAGGUCGCCGGCGGAGGUGGGCGUGGCGGUGGCGGCGGCGGCGGCGGUGACGGGGUCGCGGCUGGCGCUCAAGUCGGUGUGGGCUGAGCUGCGGGAGGCGACGGAGCGGUCCAACCGGCAGGUGCUGACCCCGCUGGGCCCCGCCUCCAUCCUGCUGGUGGCGCUCGCCUCCGGGCUGCCCGAGGAGCUGCUGUUCCGCGGGGCGCUGCUGCCCGCCACCUUCCCCGACUGGCGGGGGGUGCUGCUGGCGGCGGCGCUGUUCGGGGCGCUGCACAACUCGGGCGGCCGCAACCCGGCGUUCGCGCUGUGGGCGGGCGCGGUGGGGGCGCUGUACGGCGCGGCGUUCCUGGCCACCGGCAAUGUGUGGGUGCCGGCGGCGGCGCAUGUGACUGCCAAUGCGGCCUCGGCGCUGCUGUGGAAGGCGGGGUGGGAGCCGAGGCUGGCGCUGGGGCAGGGGGCGGCCGGGGAGGAGCGGACAAAGCAGCGGGAUGGGGAAUAGGUGCAAUGAAGGUGUGCGUGUUGGUCGGUGGUCUGGAGGCAUGGGAGCACGUGCUUAGGAUGGAGGUGCUAUUGUGUAUAUAACACUUACCAACAUACCUAAGGUGCUCGGCUUCGCGGGGUCGCCCGCACCCUUAUCACCCUGUCCUGGGGGCGCCUUGCUGCCUAGUGAAGGCUGCAACGGUAGGGAGGUUGUUGUAAUGGCCCGCUGAGC